GGGCCAGGGCCAAUAUACCCCUCCCACCCACAAAUGAGGAGGGUUGGCAACGACGGGCCAACAACAGGUUGAGGAGCAGCACCUAAGCAAAAGCGCACAACAAAUCAAAAGCAAAUGCCAGAGCAAAAGCAACAGCAGAAAGAAGCAGCAAAAUAAAACAGAGAAAAUCACCAAAACCGCAGAAACAGCCAAGCAGAGGCCAGCCUAAAGAGAGCGGCAGACCGACCGACCGACCGGGCAGGCAGCCGUGAGAGUAAAAGAGGGAAGAGAGAAAUCCAAUCAACAAAAAAGAAAAACAAAAACCAAACGCAAUCGCAGCAGCAGCAGAAGCAGAAGCAAAAUGUUACAAAACUCGAACGCAGCUGCAGCGGCACAGGCAGCGGCGCAGGCUGCGUCGGCGGUGGCCACACCAUCGACUGCAGCAGCAGCAGCAGCGGCGGCGGCGGCUAAUAAUGCCGCAAUUGCCGCCUCAUCCAUACAGCCGAAGCUGAUUGUCAUACGAAGGCGUCCGAAUCAGGGCUUCGGCUUUACGCUGCGUCACUUUAUUGCCUAUCCACCGGAAGAUGAUGCCAACGCAGCGGCGGCGGCGGCGGCAGCGUCAGCCGGCGUCACCAGCUGGUCACAGGAAGCAUCCACUGGAGGUGGCAGCAACAGCAACAGACACAGCCACAGCGGCAGCAGCAGCAGCAAUAGCAACAGCAACAACAGCAAUAGCAACAGCAACAGCGCUGCCGGAAUGGAGCCACCAACAUCACCGACAUCGCUGCCGCCAUACCAGGUGAAAGCGAUGGAGACCAUUUUCAUCAAAGAGGUACAGGCGAACGGACCGGCCCACUAUGCGAACCUCCAGACGGGCGACCGUGUGCUGAUGGUCAACAAUCAGCCGAUAGCUGGCAUUGCCUACAGCACCAUCGUUUCGAUGAUCAAGCAAACGCCGGCGGUGCUCACGCUGCACGUUGUACCCAAGGAAUGCGAUGUGCUACAAAUGCACUAUACGAGCAUUGCCCAUACGCCGGAAUCGAAUCGGUUGACAAUGUCAACGCACUCGCCAUCGCAUGGGCAUGGGCAUGGGCACGGGCACGGGCACGGGCAUACGCUGCUGGCCAAUGGAACGACCAAUGCCUCCACCGCCUCCACAAUCCACAAAUCCACAUUUCCACAGCAGCAGCAGCAGCAACAACUACAACAACAACAACAACAGCAGCAGCAACAGUUGAUCUCAUAUCCCGCUGUGGCUGCCACAUCAUCGCCGGCAUCCUCGCCGCACCAGCAUCAGCAUACGCACACGUAUCCGCAUCCUGUUCAAUCACAUCCUUCACAUGGACAUGCACCGUCCCUGCAUGGCGGCAGUCGAUCUGGUAGCAUAACCAGCACCAACAGCGGAGGAGUCGUCUCCUCCAUGAGUCAUCAUCAUCAUCAUCAGCAGCAGCAGCAGCAACAGCAGCAGCAUCAUCAUCAUCGUCAUCCGGCUCUCAGUGGCGGCAGCAGUAGCAUUGAUUUCGGAGAUAUGGCCCUUGGCCUGCGUCAGCAUCCUCAUCAGCAUCUCUAUCAGCAGCAGCAGCAGCAUCAUAAUCAUCAUCAACAGCAUCAGCUGCUCUCCACUGGCGGCGGCAGCAGUGGCGCCUUCAUGCGGUAAGUCAAUAAACUUUUCCCCUCGAGCAACGGGUCGGGUGUGUUAAUGAAAUGAAAAGAAAAGAAAAGAUCGAUCAAAGCUAAUUUUGAAUCUAGAAACAGAUUAAUUUAUGUGAUUGGGAAAGGCUUUUAGAACAACAACAAAAAGAAAAAAAAAAAAACAAAUGCAAUUAAUAUCGAUUGGCGAAUAGAUUUAAUUGAUUUAAUGGGGUUCAAACAUCGAAACAUUCAAAAACAAACAAAGAAUUUCAGCUGCGAAAAAAAAAGCGAAAGGGAAAAAAAUUAGACAGAGAUUUUGGCUUAACAAUUGAAUCCUCACCUGAAGAUAUUAGAUAUUAAAUUAGGGGCUACCAAUCCAAUCCAAAACCAGGUCUGAUGCCCAUCGUGCCGCCAUCGAAACAAUUUUGAUACAGAAAUAUUUUCGAAUGUUUGCUUAACUAAUCAAUUUCGAUCUGUCGAAUGUCUCGAUGCAAAAACCCAACGGAUUGAAGCUAGAACUCCUAACCCAUAAACGUGAACUGAGAACUAAUCAUUAAGGCAGUAUCAUUACGCCAUCAAAAGACUUGGCAAUGGGUAUGGCUACCGCAAAGAAAGCGUAGCUCUUGAUAAUGUCCCAGACGAACGGUUCGUUAUAUAUCGCAUUGCAUAUAACGCGAAUCUUGUCAGCACGUUUCUUAAAAUCAAUCAUAUUGCGAGUGGGUUCCACUGUAAAAACAAAAUGGAAAUUAGUCACAUUAUUAAAUGGUGUAAAUAUUUUGAUUGAUUUCCCUUACCUGCUGGUGGCUAUUUGGUCAAUUAUUUGUAAAGUAAUAUUAUUCCUUUUUUUGAGAUUGAGACAGGGACAGAGACAAGCUAGCUGCCGUUUUGGCGGUUGAGGCGGUGCAGACUGUUGAGAGGCGUUGAGGCUUGGUUGCUGCAAAAUUGUUUAACUAUUUCAAAAAUUUCAAAUACCUGAUUGUAUAUGAACUGUUGUUUAGUUCAGGUUGAGACAGAGAAAAAAUCCCGUUGAGUCUUGUUGCUUGGUUGCUACAAAAUUGUUUAGUUUUUUGUAAAAUAUAUAAUUCCUUUUUGUAUCUGAAUUUUCGUUGUUCAGCUUGAGACAGAGACAAACAAACUCCCCCUUUUAAAGUGACUAUGAAAUAUUUGGCAAGGACUACUUGGUUCCCGAAUUUCGAAACAACAGAAAAUAAUUCAAUAAUUAUUUGUGGGGAAAUAAAUGGUGAAUUGAUGUAAAAAAGGGUGUGCUUAAUGUUUAAUUGCUUAUGUCCAGCUCAACGAUAUGAUAGGAGGCAGACACAGACAGAACUGUUACAGAGAAAAGGAGGAUGUGUGGCAAUGUGCCACCGUUUCUAGAGUGCAGUAAAUUUUCCUUGGUCUUUGAUUUGCAUUGACAAAUAUUUAGUUACAAAUUGUAAUUGACAUUUUAGAUUUUUAAAUGCACGCUGAACAUUUCCGAAUAAUAAAGAAAUUAUUGAAUAAUUGUUGGCCAGAAUUAACAUAAAACGAAAUUUUGAAUAUUUCUGUAUAAUUAAAUAAUAACAAACAAGAAACAGAAUUAAAUAAGUGGGGAUUGCAUAUUGUUGUAGCUGGAUAGUUGAAUCGCCAAAAGUCCGAAAUGUACCCACAACCCACCAGGACACUGUCAUUGACGAUUCAGGCCAGGUUUCAUGGGAGGUAAUGGUAUGGCAGGUUCAAUUCUUGACAAAAGAACAUUUUAGGAGAGCCAUUUACACACCGAAAAAAUUCAAUGUACCAUUGAAAUUUAUGCAUCUUGAUAUUUUAGAAUUAUCUUUGCACACAUGCACUUCGGUGUCGGUUCAGUAGUCACAUGUUGGGUCUUCCAAGUGCCACUGAUUUUAUAUUCGACUGUGAAUUCAUGAAGGGUUGCGUUCUUAGUCUGGUCAGUGUGGCAUGAUGUUAGAUUUUUGUGCACCUCUUUUGUGUAUGUUUUCAGCCCUAAGGUUCCAGUUUCAUGGGAUACUUUACGAUCUUUCCUUUUGAAGAUUUAUUUACAAAUAUUUCUGCAUUCAGUGUUGUAAUGGAAAUGUCAAGCCAUCCUCUGGCAAGAUGCCUGAAAUACAAAGCAAUUAUUGUUUAGAUUUCUAUAUUGUUGAGUGAGACAUGUGAAAAUGGAAACAAACUUUGUGAAUGUGAUCCUUGGCAUCCAAUCCGUGUGCCCCACUCCUCUGCGUUGUCUGUGAUGCGUGAUUUAUGGAUGGCGAUUGAAGUCCAUUGACUGCGGAGCAUGUGGAACCUGAAGAGGAAAAAAGAGGCCAAAACAAAUCAGCUGGAACUGAAACAGAAACAGAAACAAGCAAAUAACUAAGUGGAAAACUCUCAAUGAGACACGAGAAAUGUUUUUCGGCUUCUCUGGGUACGAUACGAAUAUGAGGAGAGGGAGAGAGAAAGGGAAACACACACACAGAGAAAAGCAGAGGCAAAGAGCAGGGAAAUUCAAGCUGCUGAUGAACUAAAUGACAUUAAUAAUGUCAUAACCGCAUAAUGAACCACAAACCAACGAAUGGAGCGGAAUGGCACAGAACAGAACGGAACGAACAAUGCGAAUAAUUAAAGACAAUUUGCAAAUGUGGAAAACUGUGCCCAAUGCAUCAGACCCCAGCCCAAAAACCCCAAAACCCUGUUUUGUCCCGCCUACCCUGUCCCGGCUACCCUGUCCCGCCUAUCCCGCCAUAAUGUCCAGUUUUUUUUUUGUUUUUGUUUUUUCUGUGGCCUUAAUUUAUAUUGGGGAUAAGGGGGACACCCAACCACCCUGCCCCCUACACCACUCACGCCAUAUAAAAUAUGGAAAACCCAACAAAAUAUGCGAGGGGUAUGGUGGGGGGUGAGUCUGUGUCUUUUUUGGAUGAUUUCAUUCCGUCAUCAGAAUUUCUGUUCAUACGAAAUAUUCUCAUCUCAUUUCAUUCAUCUCUCGUCCCUCUGUCAUACAUUUUUGCCCCAACCAUUGUUUUCCCAUUGUAUCUGUACGGAAUGAAAAUUUAUAUGCCAUGCAUAUUUUCUCUUAUAUUUUAUUUUAUUCGAUAUAGCAAAUGUAGUGUGACGUCUGAAAAUCAAGCAAUUCCUCAAUUCCUGGCUCCAAAAAAAAAAAAAAUAAACGGAACGAAAAACUGGAAUCAAUUCUUGGGGUUAAUUAAGGGGGAAAUGCCACAAAGAAAACAAUUGAAAUUACUUGAAGAAUAAACAACAGAUUGAUUGGGACUAAAGGUACAAAGAAAGCGAAAAAUUUCUGGUGUAUAAAAAAAAGGGGGAAUAUUUAUCUCAUGUUGCUCUCAGGGGCAAGUCAAGUCAGAGCCGCUUGGCUGUCGCUUUGUGCCGCCACUUAAUGCUGCAGUCGUUUCACCAUGGAUGGGGGGGACAAGGUCGUACCCUAAACAUGUUAUCACUUUAACCUUUGGGCUCUAAACUUCUUUACCUUUACCUUUACCGUCUCCUCUCACUUGGUUUGUUUAUACUUUACAUUUUUCUUUGCUCUGCACUUUGUCACGUUUUUCUCUCCGCACAAUUUCAAUGUGCAAUUUUCAAAUUAUCAUUUGUAUUUUUCUACCCUGCACACAUUACGUGAGGCAGGGCAACAGAGAACUGUAAUAGAUUAGCAAAACAUAAUUUCUCCAGAACAACAGAACGUGUAGAAUGGAGAACAGAGCUAUUAUGAAAGGAGAUUUACAGAUCCCAGCGCAGGCAUUCAUAUUCAUUUAUUUAUUAUUCGGUAAUAAUUCUCGAAAAUGCAUGAAUAAUAUUUGUAAAUCUUUUGGAACGAUCUACAAUCUGUUGAGUUCCGAAAGCCUCGCCUAUGCUGACAAAGGGUUUUCAUACUUAUUACAAGUAAAAGAUUUAAUUGGUGGCACCUGCUGUUCGAGUUCCUGUGAUGACUCAGAAAGCGUCAGAUGGUGAAUGGAAAUUGGUCUAAUUUUCUUGUCGUUUCCCCCUUCACUCUCUUUCCGGCUGCAUUUUCGCCACUUGAUAAUUUUACACGUCCAUUAAAACUGAGUUUGACGUUCCUCCCAUAUGAGAUUUCUGUGGCCCCGUGGUCGCUGUCCCAUAUGAAUUAUUGAGAAUUAUUUUAAUAUGCAAAACGCAAUGGCGAACAAUAUUUUUUGUACCCUCCUGUGCAACCCUGUGCCCGCCUUGUCACAAUCUCAUGGCCCUGCCAUCGUCUCACAUUGCGUAUACGCAGCGUUGUUGCAUAUGAAUAUGAAUAAAUAAAUCAAUUAAUACAUAUAUUGUAAAAAUGCAGCAACAAAAGCAAUAACACAACUCAUUGACUAAUCAAUAAAUAGGUGGGGGGAGGGUGGUGAGAGAGAGAGAGAGGGAGAGAAAAAAACUUGGAAGAAGAGGAAAAUCACUGCAAUACCUUAUACAAAUAUCGGAGUGUAAAUGGAUACCCGACACCCAACACCCGACGCCGACACCAACACGUCCCCCACCCUGAUAAAAUCCCAGUACUUUGCCCGAACAAUACACAAUGGGAAUAGCAUUUUUUUUUCGUAUAUAUCUGUUUUUUUUUUUGUGACUUGCCGACGCGCGACACACCGCGCGCGCUCUCUCUCUUGUUCCACCAUUGUUAAAUAAUUACGACAAAUUUAAUUGAAUUUUGUAUGGAACGAUCAUCAGGGCGAAGCAGAAGAAGAAACAGAACAGGCGGGGAAAUCAGAGGGCAGAAUAAGCGAAGAACCUGUGGGAUCUGCCAGAGGCAGCAGCAGUACAAGGAGGCACUAGAACCAGUUGAAGCAGUGUAGAAGCGAUCUCAAGCAUAAAUUAU